AUGCCCUCGAAGUAGCUGAAGCCUUAAAAUAAAAAAAAGUUGGAAAAAAAGAAGUAAAAAAACAUCAAAAAACUAACAAUAACAACAAGAGGAAGAUAUCCAAAAAAAAAAGAAGAAGAAUAAAAGAAAUAAAAAGAAGAAGAAGAAGAAAAAAAUAAACAACUAAAACUUGAAAAAAACUCUUAAAAAAACAUUGAUAAACAUCCUUUAUUUAAUUACUACAGAUAACUAAACCACCUAAAUCUUCAAAACACAACCUCUGGUAUAUUACUUGAAUGCUUAUUAGACAAUAUAGAUAUUAAUUAAAACCUAGAAACUAGAAAUUCCCAGAAAGAAAUAGAAAGAAUUCUCCAAAACUUUCAGAAUUAAAUCAUAUUCUAAAACUAAAAUCCUUUAUUAAACUACAACUAUGAAAAUUUCAUAUCAUCAGAAACCAAAAGUACACAAUAUAAAACAAUUAUUGACUACAAUGAUUAGAUAGAAAAAAUUUCUUUGAAUUCACACAUAAGCAAUCUCCAAUUAGCUUCUUUUAGAGAAAAAAACCUCCUCAAAAACAUCUUAUUUCCAGGCCUAAAUAGACAAAAAAUGCCCAUAAAACCCCCUUUAUCUAUCCCUGAAAGAAACUGCCUAAAAUAAAACGAAUUCGCCUUUGUAAGUAAUAAUUUAACAAAAGAAGAAUUUGAGCACCAAAAAAGGCUUAUUUUUUUUGAAAAAAUGAUACAAAACGCCGAACCUGAACGUUCUUGGGAUUUCAGUGACCGUAUAUAUAUAGAAAAGCACUCCGAAAAUACCCUUAGAUAGCUUUUAUGGUAAAAUCUUCUUUUUGAACCUAAAACAGUAACCCAAUAUAACCCUAUAGAUGAUAAUUUAUAUUUAUGUAUGUAUUUUAAAAACCCUCCGGGUAGGAUUUUGAGAAAUAAAUGGACUCAAAAAUUCUAGACAAUCCCUUCUUUGGAAAACUGGAUUAAAUAUGUAAAAGAUGACAAAUUAAAUUUCGAAAAUCAAACUUUUUAUAACUUAGAUGAUUAAAAGGUAGGAAAUAUUCACGAAAAAAUCAAAUAUAUAUAUCCGAAUGAUAAUUCUGUUAUUCUAGGCAAUUCUUUUUAGGUCGGAAAUUAACUUUAUUAUAGAUAUAAGGUACUUAAAGAAGGCGUAAUAUUCGGAAUUAGAGAAAAUAUAUAUAAAAAAGCAAAUUUUUGGGCAUAUUUUGACAAUAGGAGUAUUUUGAAUGCUGAAAUAGAUUAAAAUCAGAAUAUUGAUUUCACUUUUACAUUAAAAAAUGGACUUAUAGUGAAAUUUUUGGCUAAUGGAGAUGUUAUUUAGACAAAAUUAGAGCAAGACAUAAUUAAUAACUAUAAAGAUUUCGAUGAUAUAGUGAACCCGUAUAAUAAUAAUAAACCAAAUAAAGAAAUCGAGACUAAAAGGGUCAUUACAGGCAAAGGAAGCGUAAUAAAAUAUACGAAAGAUGGUUCUAUUUUUGUAUUUUUUGCAAAUGGAAAUGUGAGUUUUUGUUAACAAAAUAACGGAAUUUGGAUUACCACAAAUAAUAAGGGAAAACGCAAAAUAAGAAACAUAUAUGAAAACACAGAAAAUGAACUUGAUUAAAUUAAUGUUUAAUACAAAUUUGAUAUUUAAACUGAAUAAAAAAUUUAUUUUAGAGACGAUUAAACUUUAGUAAUUUAAGAAAAAGACGGAAGUAUAUUUACUUAACAUAGUGAUGGCACAUAAAUUUAUACUAAAAAAGAUAUUAUUAUAAUAUAGCAUUAAGAUUUUUGUACUGUAAAAAUAUUAUCUGAUUAAAUUAAGUCAAGAACAGAUACUAUAAUUGGUAUAGGAAGUGCUUAUGCCAGUGUUGGAUUUGAUAAUUUGUUUGAAAGAUCUAAUGAUGGUAAAAUUAUUGAGGCAUAUUUGUUAGAUGGUACUAAAGUUAUUAGUUAUAAAGAAAAAAAAGAAUUACCAGGCUUUAAUAAGCAUUAAUUAAAUAGAAUAUUUUUAUUAUAUACAUAAAAUGGAGAUGUAGCAAAAAUACUCGAUAAUGGAGAAAUAGUAUUUAUAUCAGCAGUUGAUAGAAUUUAACUUAAAAAAAACAGUCAUAAAAGUAUUAAUAGUAAUUCAAAUGAUAUUGAAUAUUGGCUUUAAUUAUAUUGCAUACCUGAAGAAAGAAAAACUGGUGUAUAUAGUUUUAAAUUACAAGAAAACAUUAUGUGGACAAAAGACGAUGAAGGAAAUUAUUUUAGUCUGAAAAGUGAUGGUGAAAUUAUUAAUAAAAUAGCUGUUUCUUUAAAUAAUGAUAAUUCUCAAUCUAGACCUUCUACUCCAAAUUUUUAAGAUGGAGACUUUAUUGAAGAAGAAAAUAAAUUUUUACCUAUACCACCUUCAUGGAUUGAUGUGAAAUUAUUAGUAAUAGAAAAUGAUAAUACAGGAUAUGAAUUGUUUAAUUAUAAUUAAUUAGAAAAUUUUUUUAGAUUAAAAUAAUAAGAUAAUCUUUGUUAAAUUAUUGAUUGUUAAUAAGUUGAAGGUUUUUAAAAUUUAAGCUCUAUAAGUUUUAUUAAUAAAAUUCAAUAAAUAGAAGAUUAAAAAUAAGAUUUUAUUAAGUUUUAAAUUCCUAGAAUUAUCAAUUAUAUUCCUAAUACAGCAAAAAAAAUUGAGAUUCCAUCUAAAUAAAUUUUCUUGCACAGAAUUUUAAUUAAAUAUGAUAAAAUCGAUUUAGAAAAAAGAAAUGUAUUUAAUUAAAAUUAAGAAAAAUACUUUAAAUAUUAAUUAUUAUAAGAAUAAGAAAAAUAUAAAAUUAUUUAGAAAAGUGAAGAUGAAAAAGAUAAAUAAAUAUAUAUUUCUUUAAAAAUAAUUGAAAAAAGAAAAAAAGAAAAUUAACAAAAUGAAAAUUGUAAUAAUUUAAAUAUAAAGAAUUGA